GGGUUUUCUUCCUUCCCCACCCCCACCAUCGCCCGGCCUAGGCGGAUUCUGCCCAUCCCUCUACCUGGCUAUGGCCGACCCCAAGUAUGCGGACCUGCCCGGCAUUGCCAGGAACGAACCUGAUGUUUAUGAAACAAGUGAUCUCCCAGAAGAUGAUCAAGCAGAGUUUGAUGCGGUAAGAUCAUGUGACACUUAUUCAUGUCUUCAGAAAGAGCUGUGUUUGCCUUUGACAAAAGACAUGAAAUUGGAUGCCUUUAUCUUCAGAGUGCAAAGCCCUCCUGAAGAACAUACAGGUGAGAGGUUGCACCGGGCCCCUUCCAAGGAACAUACAGGUGAGAGGUUGCACCGGGCCCCUUCCAAGGAACAUACAGAUUUCUCUGAUCGUAUUAGCAAAACCAAGAGAACUGGCUAUGAGUCUGGAGACUAUGAAAUGGGGGAAGGCCUUGGUGUGAAGGAGACUCCCCAGCAGAAAUACCAGCGUCUGCUGCAUGAAGUUCAGGAGCUGACUGCUGAAGUAGAGACAAUCAAGAGCACCGUGAAGGAGUCAGCUGCCGAGGAGAAACUGACAUCAGUUGCCCUUGCUAAGCAGGUGGCCAGCCUGAAACAACAACUCGUCUCUACCCACCUGGAGAAACUGCUGGGGCCAGAUGCAGCCAUCAACUUGACAGAUCCUGAUGGUGCUCUAGCCAAGCGUUUGCUCAUUCAACUGGAAACAGCCAAGAGUACUAAAGUGCCCCCUGCAAGUGGGAAGAGCCCGAAAACUACGGCUGGCCCAGGAAACAUGGUGACUUAUGAACUGCACUCCCGGCCUGAGCAGGACAAAUUCUCUCAGGCUGCCAAGAUUGCGGAAUUGGAGAAGCGGUUGGCUGAGCUGGAAGCAACGGUUCGCUGUGAGCAGGAUGUCCAGAAUCCUCUGUCUGUUGGACUGCAGGGAGCUAGUCUUAUGCAAACUGUAGAGAUCCUGCAGGCCAAAGUCAGCUCCUUGGACACAGCAACCCUGGACCAGGUGGAGGCAAGGCUACAGAGCGUCUUGGGGAAAAUGAAUGAGAUUGCCAAGCACAAGGCCACGGUGGAGGAUGCAGACACCCAAAGCAAGGUGCAUCAACUCUAUGAGACUGUGCAGCGCUGGAACCCUCUGGCCAGCUCCCUCCCUGAGGUGGUGCAGCGCCUGGUUGCUGUGCGGCAGUUGCAUGAACAAGCCAUGCAGUUUGGGCAGCUCUUGACUCAUUUGGACACUACCCAACAGAUGAUUUCUAAUUCAUUGAAGGACAACGCUUCUCUGCUGACACAGGUUCAGAAGACUAUGAAGGAGAACCUGGCUACCGUGGAGGACAAUUUUGCCACCAUUAAUGCACGGGUGCAGAAGCUUGCCAAGUGAAUCCCCUUAAGAAAGUCUACAAAGGCAGGGCACUGAGGUUUGCCUGCUGUCCAAAUAAGCACUAACUGCUCCGCCCCUUCCCUACCUCUGUACCUUUUGUCGUGUGCACUUAGUGGGAAUUCAGCCUUGAUGAGGGCUGGUGGACUGAGUGCUUAUCUCUGUUAGAGGGCAGGUGUGCAACCCCCCCCCCAAACCUCUUGCAAUGCUUUGCACCCCUGUGGCAAUUGAUGCUGACUGCAGAGGGCAGUGUUGCAUUCCAGAUUGGAGGGAGGGUGUGCUAGAGAGGGAACCAACUUUGCGUAUCCACCUGGGAAGUUGUACUCACUGCUGCUUGGCUCAGAACAAGGAGCCUUCUACUUGGAAAGAUUAUCUUACCUCUCAGCCUGGCAUGGAAGCAGAUCGUAUUAUUGUAUAAUUAUUUACGGUCAUUAAACACUUAUGCUUAGUCCUCUGUA